GGCAAAGAUGAAGUUGGACCUUUGGUAUUUCUUUCUCUUCUGCUUCCAAGUUGAAGUUCUAACAGAAGAAAUCGAUGAUUUUGCCAAGUCUAAAAUAUUUACAUUUCACAAUGGAGGUGUACAAAUGUUAUGCAAAUGCUCUGAGAACGUCCAGCAAUUUAGAAUGGAGUUGCUGAAAGGGACGCAAAUAAUCUGUGAUUUCAGUAAGACAAAGGGAAGCGAAAACACCGUAUCCAAUCAGAGUCUGAAAUUCUGUCAAUCAUCCAAUAACAGUGUCUCUUAUUUUCUGAAUAACUUGGACAGUUCUCAUGACAGCUAUUACUCCUGCAGACUAUCAAUUUUUGAUCCUCCUCCUUUCAAAGUGAAGUUGAAGAGCGAAUAUUUGCAUAUUUACGAAUCACAGCUUUGUUGCCAGCUGAAGUUCUGGUUACCCAUAGGAUGUGCAGCUUUUGUUGUCGUCUACAUUUUUGGAUGCACAUUUUUAUGUUGGUUUAAAAAUAAGAAGCAUCGAUCCAGUGUGCAUGAUGCGAACAGUGAGUACAUGUUCAUGGCAGCGGUGAACACGGCGAAGAAGCCUGGGCGCACAGUGAAUUGA